AUGGUCCUCGUCGAGAACCAGGAUUACCUCAGCCAAGAGGAGCAGCGUCUGAAAGAAGACCGGGAGCGCAAGCGGUACUGGAAGAAAUGGGGAUCAUACGUUGCUGAGAGGCAGUGGGCAACAGUGCGCGAGGAUUACUCACACGACGGAGAUGCAUGGAGUCAUUUCUCUCACGAUCACGCCCGAUCAAGAGCCUACCGCUGGGGCGAGGACGGCAUCGCCGGCGUGUCCGACACUCAUGGCAUCCAGAACGUCGCUUUCGCCUUCUGGAACGAGAAAGAUGAUUUCUUAAAGGAGCGGCUGUUUGGUCUCUCGAACCCGCAGGGCAACCACGGCGAGUCACUCAAGGAAUGCCAUUUCCACCUCGACAAUGUCCCAACGCAUUCCUACAUGAAGUACCUCUACAAAUAUCCUCAGCGAAAGUUCCCCUACGAAGACCUCAUCAAAGAGAACGCCAGACGCGGCAAGCUUGACAAAGAGUACAACCUGGUUGACACCGGCAUAUUCGACGACGACCGAUACUGGGAUAUCUUCAUCGAGACGGCGAAGGAGGCGGACGAUGAGGAGGAGCUUCUCUUCCGAGUCACGGCCUACAAUCGCGGCCCGGAGCCGGCUCCCUUGCACAUCGUGCCUCAUGUCUGGUUCAGGAACUCUUGGGCAUGGGGUCGUGAGGACCCGAAGCAGAAGCCUUCGAUACGGAAGAUUGCACCUACAACUGCCCUGACGAGCCACUCCAAACUCGGCGAGAGGUAUAUCGAACUGUCUCCGUCUCCAGGCAUCGGCAGGAGUGGUCAAGAUGUCCAGCCCCAACUUCUGUUCACCGACAAUGACACCAAUUACAAGAACCUUGGAUGGGGCGAGAACAAGACGCCCUAUGUCAAGGACGCCUUCCACAGCUACAUUGUCGACGGUAAGAAGAACGCAGUUAAUCCCAGGAACCAGGGCACCAAGAGCGCUGCGUGGUACGCCUUCGACGAGGGUGAGGGUGUUGCUCCUGGCGAGUGCGCCGUUGUCCGUUUCCGACUGUCUCGGAGGUACGAAGGCUUCGUCGACGAGGAGCUUUUCGACGACAUCAUGGAGCAAAGGAGGGCGGAAGCCGACGAAUUCUACUGGCGCAUCAGCCCCUUGCCGAUGGCCGACGAUCUGAGGAACAUUCAGCGUCAAGCUUUCUCAGGCAUGCUCUGGUGCAAGCAGUACUACAACUUCAUCUGGGAUCAGUGGGCCAACGGAGACCCUGGCAUGCCACCCCCUCCGCCAGACAGGAAAAACAUCCGCAACAAGCACUGGAAGCACAUGCACCUUGACGACAUCCUGUCCAUGCCAGACUCGUGGGAGUAUCCCUUCUUCGCCGCGUGGGAUAGUGCCUUCCACUGCAUACCCUUGGCGAUGAUCGAUCCUGACUUCGCUAAGAAGCAGCUCGACCUGUUCACCAGGGAGUGGUACAUGCAUCCCAAUGGCCAGCUGCCGGCUUACGAGUGGAACUUUGGAGACGUCAACCCCCCUGUCCACGCUUGGUCUGUGUUCCGCACCUUCAAGAUCGAGCGCAAGAUGUACGGUAGAGAGGAUUUGGACUUUCUUGAGCGUGUCUUCCAGAAGCUCUUGCUCAACUUCACCUGGUGGGUGAACCGCAAGGAUUUUGACGGCAAGAACGUGUUUGAAGGUGGUUUCUUGGGUCUCGACAACAUCGGCCUUUUCAAUCGCUCCGAUCCCCUGCCAACUGGCGGUGUUCUCGAACAGGCUGACAGCACCGGCUGGAUGGGCUUCUACUCCCUUUGCAUGCUGAACAUCUCGCUGGAACUCGCCAAGCAUCGUCGUAUCUAUGAAGACAUUGCAUCCAAGUUCUUCGAGCACUUCAUUUUGAUCAGCGAUGCCAUGCAGUACCGCCAAGGCGGCGAGGAGAAGUCUUUGUGGAAUGAGGAGGAUGGUUUCUAUUACGAUGCCAUCUCAUGGGGCGGUCCUUGGAGCCAACAGAUGCCCGUCAGGUCACUCGUCGGUCUCAUUCCCCUUUACGCCACCCUGACACUCGAGCCCGAGGUCAUCGACAAGCUCCCAGCCUUUAAAAGGCGUGUUGAGUGGUUCAUCGAGAACCGGCACGACGUGGCCGGGCGAAACAUCGCCAACAUGAAGCGUCGCGGCAAGGGAAACAGGAUGUUGUUGUCACUCGUCAACGAAGACCGUCUGAGGAAGAUCCUCAAGAGGAUGCUUGAUGAAGACGAGUUCCUCGCAGAUCAUGGCAUCCGUUCGCUGUCGAAGUUCCACAAAGACCAUCCCUACUCCAUGGACGUCAAUGGCCAGAAGUUCCAGGUCAGCUAUGUACCAGGCGAUUCCGACAGCGGCCUUUUCGGCGGAAACAGCAACUGGCGCGGUCCGAUUUGGAUCGCUGUCAACUUCCUCCUCGUCGAAUCACUUCUGCGCUUCUACAUGUUUUACGGCAACAGUCUGCAGGUUGAGUGCCCCACUGGCUCUGGUGACACUAUGCACUUGGGUCACGUCGCGGAGGAGAUCCAGCACCGUUUGCAGCAUCUUUUCGUACGCGGUGACGAUGGGCGCAGGGCCAUCAAUGACGGCAAUGAGAUGCUCGACUACGACCCGAACUGGAAAGACUACAUGUGGUACCAUGAGUUCUUUGAUGGUGACACCGGACGCGGUCUUGGUGCCAGCCAUCAGUGCGGAUGGACCGGUCUGAUUGCCAAGAUCAUCCAUGACACUGGUGUCACGUGCCGUCUCCCGCAAACACCUCGCACGCCCUCCUCAGCCGCCUCCCACUACUUCGACGACGUCUUCACGCGCGGCAAGCCCCGAAACCCGGCACGCCUCCGCCGCUCAUCCACAUCCCGCUCGAUCGGCGUGCGCAGCGACUGGAACGACUCCACCAACGGCGACGCGAACGGCAGCGCCAUCGACGAUGAAGAGGCCGAGCCCAGCAAGUCCAAGUACAAGCGCACCAACUCCAUCGGCUACCUGGACGCCGAUGCGCUGAAGAGGAAGGCGGAGGAGGAUCAGCAAGUCGCCCAUUACGUGUCGGAUCAGCUCGAGCGCAUGAAGAGCAACGACUCGGCAAUGUCGAACACGGAUGAGCUUGAGGCGCAGCUUGAUGGGUAA